UCCUCAUUCGCAUCUUCCUUCUCUCUCCCUCGUCUUUCCUUGUUUUUUCCUAUUCUUUCUUCUCUUUUUUCUCAGUUCCAUGCCGUCCACCAAGACAACGCAUGUCUCUCACUCUCCUCAAUCCUCUUGCGUCUUCUGAUCUCUCUCUCCGGUAAGAAUCUUCCCGGCCUGCCGAGAGUGCAUACUCGCUAGCAGCCCGAUACCUCGAUUCUCCAAGGCCUCUAAUUGGAGAUGGCGUUGAAAGAGAGUUUAAAUAGGUUCAAGAAGCAGCAAGAAAGCGCACAGUCACUUCUUAUCGGCAUUGCAUCUGAUAGGGCCACAGCAACGCCAAGACCUGCGCCUGCGGUCACUAAGGCUCCUGCUCCAGCUGUCAAAUUUUCAAAUGAUACUGAGAGGCUUCAACAUAUUAAUACCAUACGGAAAGCCCCUGUUGGAGCUCAGAUCAAGCGUGUUAUAGACCUGCUGCGGGAGACAAGGCUUUCGUACACGCCAGAUCAAAUUAAUCAAGAAUGUUAUGUUGAUGUGAAUGCUAACAAAGCUGUCUUUGACAGCCUGAGGAAUAAUCUAAAAGUUUCUUAUGAUGGGAAGAGCUUCUCUUAUAAGUCAAAACAUCGUAUCACAGACAAAAAACAGUUGCUGUCCUUAAUACGGAAAUUUUCAGAGGGUAUACCGGUCAUUGAUCUCAAGGAUGCUUACCCAAAUGUGAUGGAUGAUUUACAGGCUUUGAAAGCUUCAGGUGACAUCUGGCUGCUUUCAAACUUUGAUUCACAAGAGGACAUAGCAUAUCCAAAUGACCCCAGGUUGCCUGCUUCCAAAGUUGAUGAUGACCUUAAGGUGCUUUUUCGGGGGAUUGAAUUGCCUCGUGAUAUGAUUGACAUUGAGAAAGAGCUCCAGAAGAAUGGGAUGAAGCCGGCUACAGAUACUGCAAAAAGAAGGGCCCUGGCACAGAGUCAAGGCAUUCCUAGCAAAACCAAACCCAAGAAGAAGAAGCACGAGAUCACCAAGAGAACCAAGCUUACAAACGCCCAUCUGCCGGAGCUUUUCCAGAACCUAAAGAAGUAGGUCAAGCCGUCCUCUUUGGCAAGUUGCAUGGUUAUGUUAACAGGAAGAUUAAAAAGUGGAUCAUCGCAUUACAUCAUUGACGUUCUAUUCAUAUUUUUCAACGUUAUAGUUCAUGUGAAAGUUCUCCGAGAUGAUGUGGCUUGUAUGGUCCACAGAAUGUUUUGAAAAAAAUGUACCAUUAGCCACGUUAGAACUAUUAAUGUUAGUGAAAAACACUAUAUGAAUCAAAAUGCUGAGGUUUUUUUAGACUUA